UCGCUAAUAAUAGAACUAAAUUUUUGGUUGUUAAUAGUUUUGUAUAAUAAUGACAGACUACGCUAACGAUCCCGCAGUAAAGAAUCUCCAAGAGUACCUUCGGAUACGAACUGUUCAUCCCAAUAUUAACUAUGAUGAGUGCAUCGCUUAUCUUAAGCGUCAAGCGACUAACUUGAACCUUCCUGCCACGGUCUACGAAGUUAUACCAAAGAAACCAAUACUUAUUAUGACCUGGGAAGGUUUGGAACCUAACCUGCCAAGCAUCCUCCUUAACUCACAUAUGGAUGUUGUUCCGGUUUUCGAGAAAAGUUGGACAUAUCCGCCAUUCGAGGCCCGUCUCGUGGAUGAUGUCAUUUACGCGCGAGGUGUCCAAGACAUGAAGUCUGUCGGAAUUCAAUACAUUGAAGCCAUAAGACGCCUCAAAAACAACGGUAUCAAGUUGAAGAGAACUGUUCAUCUAAGUUUUGUUCCCGACGAAGAAAUUGGCGGUGCGGAAGGGUUGGGGGCAUUUGUGAAAACGGAACACUUUAAAAAGUUGAACGUUGGCUUUGCGCUCGAUGAAGGUCUGACCAGCCCUGAAGACUACUUCGUGGCUUACAACGGGGAAAGAAGUAUUUGGCAUCUGAAAGUAAUAUGUCCGGGUAAAUCCGGCCAUGGCUCCCUUUUGCUUCCGGACAACUGCGGCGAAAAGAUGAGAUACAUAAUCGACAAGUUUAUGGAUCUCCGACAAGAAUCUAAGAAGAAACUGGAAAGUAACCCAGAACUGACUAUCGGCGAUGUAACUUCUGUGAAUUUGACGAUGAUAAAUGGUGGUAUUCAGAACAAUGUGAUUCCAGAAAAACUAACAGCAAGUUUCGACCUCCGUUUGGCUUUGUCAGUUAAUUUUGUCGAAUUCGAAAACAUGAUAAAACAAUGGUGCAAGGAAGCUGGCAAGGAUGUGACUUAUGAGUUUGAACAGAAAGAUGAAUAUGUUCCACCUACACGUGUGGACGAAACUAACGCGUUCUGGGUCGCUUUCAAGGCUGCUAUUGAUCAGCUCAACAUUCCAAUCAAAGUCCGCACGUUCCCCGGCGGCACGGACUCCCGCUACGUGCGUGCGCAGGGCGUGCCCGCGCUCGGUGUGUCGCCGCUGCGGCGCGCGCGCCCCGCGCUGCAUGAACACGACGAGAGCCUGCCCGCCGCCGUCUUCGUUGAGGGGAUCGCUGUCUACGAGGCCGUCGUGCCCGCUAUCGCUGACGCUUAAGGCGGGUUACGCUAAAUCAAUUUUAACGCAAAUCCACAGUCAAUCACGUGCAGUAUAGUUAGAAUCAUUAUUAUAAUUCAUUAAUCAAUUUGGUGUAGAUAUUUUCAUCGAAUUUUGUUGUUCAACUUUGGAAAUUGUAAAUAAUGAUCAGUUGGUAAUGAACGGCUCUUUAAUUUACAUUUUCUAUGGAUAAAUCAUCCGUUCAGGAAGCGAAUUGGGACUCUUUCGAUAAAAUGUAAUGAUGCCGUGCGGUUCGAAUAUAUUCGACUAUAUUAAAAAAGAACCAAUAAUACUCUUCUUUCACAAUCUCAUUGCAUACUGUAUUCUGAUUAAAUAUUUGAUACUGCAAUAAUUAAAUUUAUAUAUAUUCCGUAGGAAAUUCAACGAAAUCCACGACUUAUCAUUUGUGAAACCUUAUAUUGAGUAACCUUAUACUUAUCCCUUAUUUGUUUAUGAUUUUUAAAUCAGAUUUAAAUCUAUUAAUCGGAAAAUUAAAAACAACUACACAUUUUUAUUAAAGAAGCGUAUACCUAGCCUCAUUAACCCAUCAAUAUUAUAAAAUAAUUAUUAGUCGAUAUAAAUUGUGACGCAACUAUAAGCAUUCCGUCUACGUUAAAAUCAUCUUGAAUAUCGAGUAUCGAGUUUAAAGACCGUAAAUAAUCGAAUAAAACAUAUUUCACCGUUUAUUUUUAUUGUACGGAUGAUUCUAGUAGAUUCUAGAUUUUUUAAGUUAUUUGCCAGGUGAAUUUUAGAUGUUCUUCCUUAUUUCUUACUGAUAAAUCUGGACCUACGGUCGUACUGCAUGAUAUUGUCACUAGUUUGAAGUGUGACACUGAUAGCAUCACUUGUAUCAUGUUGAAACUUGAAUAACAAUUAUUUCAAGUGCC